AUAUUUCAAAAGUUCAGUUCCAGUUCAGUGCCGACUCCUGUUGAACAAAUAAUUAUUUUCAAUUUGUUGUGUCGUCACUUAACAGUUAUGUGGUUUAAUGGGAUCGCUGCAGCGACUGAAUAUUGAUAACGUAAACAGCUAAGAUAUAGUCGUAUCACUAAUACACACGUACUGGGUAUCCUUAUCACCUUGCUCACAAGUGCUUCUAUUUUUAAUUUUGUUUUAGAACCAUGGAGUUGCAGUGCAAAGUACAAAAUUAUGAAUGGGGCAAGUUAGGACUGGAGAGUACAGUGGCAAGAUUGCUGUCCACGGCCCACCCAGAUAUUGUUAUUGAUCAGUCAAAGCCAUAUGCAGAACUCUGGAUGGGCACUCAUCCAAAUGGGCCCUCAGUCAUCAUUGGUAGAGAUGUCCUGCUCUCUGAUUAUAUCAAAGACAAUGUAGAUGCUAUUGGACCCGAUGUGAGGAAAAAGUUUGGUGUAGCAGUACCCUUUUUGUUCAAAAUACUGUCCAUAAGAAAAGCCCUUUCUGUGCAGGCUCAUCCUAAAAAGGACCAUGCUGAGGAACUUCACAAGAACUUCCCAGAUAUGUAUAAGGAUCCGAACCACAAGCCAGAACUUGCUAUAGCACUGACACCUUUUGAGGCUCUCUGCGGCUUCAGACCACUGAAUGAAAUCCAGUACUUCCUUAAAAAGUUACCAGAGCUAGCCAGCAUGUUAUCAAAGGAAUGUGUAGACAGCUUACUAGGGCAUCAGGAACAAGGGGACAGUCAGGCUGUUCUUAAACCUGUGUUCCAUUCUUUGAUGACCAGCGACAAAGCUGUAGUCGCUAACACAUUGAACAUUUUGCUGGACAGAUUGAGCAAGGAAGAUGAAAGAACACAAACGAAUCUGCUCUACUCAUUGGUGCAACGGCUCCAUACUGACUUCCCUGGUGAUGUGGGUUGUUUCUCACCAUACUUUAUGAACUAUAUGCUACUGAGACCUGGACAAGCCAUCUUCCUCAAACCUAACUUGCCACACGCCUAUUUGAGUGGAGAUUGCAUCGAGUGUAUGGCUUGUUCAGACAAUGUGGUACGUGCAGGGCUGACUCCUAAACACAUUGACGUGCCAACCCUGGUCGACAUGCUGGACUAUAGCAGCUAUGCACAGGAACAGUUACUGUUCACCCCUCAGCUUGAAGAUGGAAACUCCUGUAUAUGGAGGCCGCCUGUACCUGAUUUUGCCGUCGUCAAAAUAAGGGUGGAAAGCGGCGACUGCUACAACACUCAGAACCGAUCCAGUCCAAGUUUGAUCAUCGUAAUAUCAGGUGAAGGCGAGGUUUGUGACACUGAGCCCAUACCCGCCAAGCCUGGAGUCGUGAUCUUCUUGAAAGCCAGUCGGCAACUUACCCUCACUCCAAUAGAAGACAGUCAUCUGGAAGUCUACCAGGCAAUCUGCAAUGUAUGAUAGUUUUAAGUGCAGAGUGAAGUGAAUUUUUGAGGCUAAUUUUACUUUUGUAUAAGUGGUUGAGAGUCUGAAUACUGCGAUAGUAGAAAGCAGUAAAGAAGAGAUGUAAUGACUCCGUUUUAUUAAAGGAAUAAGUUUUUAAUCGUCAUCAUUAUAUCGGCUAAACAACGUCUACUGUUGAAUAUAGUAUUUCCCUCAAUUAUUUCUAGAUUGGUCGGCUGUAAGCCUUUUGCAUCCAGCGAAUACUUUAUCAGGUCAUCUCACCUUGUAGUGGGAUGUCCUGCCAAAAAAGUUUUAUUCUAAAUAAUUAAUUAUUACUACAGUAGUAAUUAAGUUCAUGUUUAAAUUCAUAUCACCAGCCGACAACAUCUGAUUUUUUUU